AUGGACCCAGUGACGGCAGCUUCCCUGGUGGUGCAGAACCAAGUGCUCCAGCAGCAGGUUGACCAGCUGACCGAUGUGGUGAUGCUACUCCAGCAACAACUACAGCAGCAGUCUCAGGUGGCUGCCCCAGCUGCCCCUGUAGUUCCGCCCAAGUGCCCAAUAAGCCCACCCAAGAAAUUUGCAGGGGAUGUGGAUGAAUUUCCAGGCUUCCUUGCCCAGUACCACCUAUACAUCAGCCUCCGCCCCAGGGACUUUCCAGAUGAUCAGACUAAGGUGGGGUUUAUCUUGAGCCUGUUGAAGGGGCAGGCAGCCAAUUGGUCUACCCCACUUCUCCUAGAAUCCGCACCCUUGUUACAAGACUACAACAGGUUCAUAGAGCAACUACAGGUGGCAUUCGCCAACCCCAUCAAGGCGGAAAAUGCUAACAGGAGAAUCCUCCACCAGGGAAGGGGCUCCGUGGCAGUGUACACGGCCGAAUUCCAACUCCUAGCCCAGGACCUGUCUUGA